GGUGAUUAGUGAUACUCGAGUUAUGUCGGAUCGUCAGGUACAGCUCCACCAUCAUCAAUCUUUCUAUUCAUAUAUCACAACUUCAAGCGCAAUCACGACGUAUCUAUAUCCAUCCUACAGAAAACUUUCGAAAAAAAGCGAAAUUUUUCAGAAAAGGGCUUCUCAUCUUUCGAAAUGUCGACCUCAAACCCCACAAUCCACCAACACACCGGACCCUUUCCCACUCCGUCCUCUCGUCAAAACCCCGCUCUCCAUUUCCUCGAAAAAUAUGCCAAUAAAAUAAAUUCCGCGUCCUACGAAGGUUCAUAUCUUCCCUACUACCAUCCACGUGGUAUCUUUCACGACGCUACUGGUGUUGAUUACAUCGGCGGCGCUGUAAUAUGGAAAUGGAUUCAGGGUUUAUUCGGGGGUGACGUCUUCUCGAAGAUAGAAAUGGAGAGUAAGGAGUUUUUUGUAAUCGGAGGACUAGAUGAAAGCACGGCGGGUCCAGCAGGAAAAGCGGAAUGGAAAAUAUAUGGAGAGUGGAUAGCUCAUUGGUGGGUGAAGAGCACAGGAGAGAAAAUUAGUGUACCGAGGAGUAUGGUAUUUACGUUGGUGAAAGCUGAGGGCGAGGGAACUGGAAAAAAUCUGGAUGCUAAUGGGGCGGUCGUAGAGGAAGUAGGGUUUGAGGGGUUGCAGAUUGGUGAUGUAAGAUUAUACUAUGAUCGCAGUUUGUUGACGGGAAUAUUUAGAAUCAGUGAGCAGGAGAUAGAGAAAUUUGGGGCUUGAUUUGGGUACCGGGAAGACGAGAGUACUGUAUCGCCAAAGCCCCUUAGUUGCCUCCUCUUAAGGCACGUUAUUUGGGAGAGAUUAGUAUGAUGAGAUGAUCUAUAAUUUACAACCUCA